AUGACGUGUUUCGAGGACUCUAAAAAGAAGAUGGCAGUGUAUUAUUUAGACAAAGACGCGGCAGAAUGGUGGGAGAGUAGGGAUCACCAAGUAGGACAUCUGGUCACCACUUGGGCGGCAUUCAAAAAAGAAUUUGAAUGCAAGUAUUUCACCUCGGAGUCCAAGCGAAGGCUUCAACGUCAGUUUGCUAACCUAGUACAAGGAGACAAGACAGUUAGAGGAUAUGAAUCUGAGUUCAUGCGACUGCGACGACACGUGCUGCGAGGACCAGAUGAUGAAGAAACCAUGAUAUCUAACUUUAUGUUUGGUCUGAAACCAGAUUUGGAAAAUAGACUGGCAGUCGGGAACUACGAGAGUCUCACCGAGCUAGUGGAAAAGACUGUGAAUGUGGAGAUCGGAUCGGAAGCUGAAAAGGCGGCAAGUAAGAAAUCCAAGCAGCAUCAAGCAGGGAAGUAUGGUGGAAACCAAAGAUCUUUUAAGGGUAAAGAUAAGGAAAAGGAAUCAGAAGGGCCAAGUCGACGAUCUUUGUUCACAGGAAAAUGCUUUGACUGUGGCAAGACAGGCCAUAAGUCCACUACGCCAAUCACUGUCCAUCAUCCUACAACUCCACCUGCAAUCGCACCAGCGCCAAAAAGGCAAGCAAUAGGAGGUGGAGUUUACGCUUUAGAACUAGAGGAUACUAAGCCUCCAGCCCCAUCUAAGGGUCCCAUCACAGGAACUUUACAUGUUGCGGGGCAUCCCACACAUGUAUUGUUCGACUCAGGGGAAACACAUAGCUUUGUGGCCCCUGAGGUAGCUGCCGAGUUUGUGGGUUCAUUUGUGAUUGACAGGGUGGAUGUGGCUGUGAUGACUCCCGGAGACCAAACCCUCCAAGCAAAAGAAUGCCUCAGAAGAGUUCCGUUAGUCAUUUGCGAGAAGAUGUUCUUGGCAGAUUUGUUGGUGGUGCCCUUAAAAGGAUAUGAAGUUAUCUUGGGCAUGGAUUGGUUAUCAGGCUACCGGGCACAAUUAGAUUGUGGAAAAGGUCGUAUUUUGUUCAAGGAGAACGGGCAACGACAAAUAGGGUUUUACGGGAUCAGUCCAAGCAAGUUUGUGUCUUUAGUAGCUGCCUUGAGAGUGGAAGAUUUGCUUAAGGAUGGAGAAGCGUAUCUGGUAACAAUAACUGCUAGUGAAGGGCCCACUAGCAACGGAGUUGAAAUUACGGAUAUUGCGGUAGUACAAGAGUUCAAGGAUGUGUUUGAAACGUUGAAAGAGUUACCUCCACCUCAGAGUAACCCUUUCACAAUUAACUUGGAACCUGAAGCGAAGCCGAUAACAAAGGCGCCCUACCACAUGGCACCUGCGGAGUUUGCAAAGUUGAAGAAACAACUUGAAGAUAUAAUGGAGAAAGGUUUCAUAAGACCUAGCUCUUCACCAUGGGGAGCUCCGGUCUUAUUUGUCAAGAAGAAGGAUGGUAGCAUGCGGCUUUGCAUUGAUUAUCGAAGAAUCAACAAUAUCACCAUCAAAGAUAAGUAUCCCCUUCCAAGGAUAGACGAGUUGUUGGAUAAGCUAAGGGGAGGAAGUUGGUUUUCAAAGAUCGACUUGGCGUUGGGCUAUCAUCAGAUUCCAAUUUCAGAAGGUGAUGUCAUGAAGACUGCAUUUAGAACUCGUUAUGGACAAUACGAGUUCGUAAUAGAGGUAGAGCACAAAGCACACUUGAAGCUAGUGUUGGAACGGUUAAGAAACCAGAAGCUGUAUGCCAAGUUCAGCAAGUGUUCUUUCUGGAAAAAAGAGAUCGGGUUCUUAGGGCACCGAGUGUCUGGAGAAGGAGUUUCUGUAGAUUCAGAAAAGGUGAAAUUCAUCGAGGAAUGGCAAAGGCCAUCAACGGUAACCGAGGUAAAGAGUUUCCUCGGGUUAGCCGGGUAUUAUCGAAAGUUCGUCAAGGAAUUUUCUUCGAUCACUAAGCCCCUGACGAAGUUGACCGGAAAAGGAGUUCCAUUCAUCUAG